AUGACAGAGUACACAGAAAAUGACUCUAUAUCAGUAGCACACAGACAAGAUACUUAUUGUGGGAAACAGAUUCUGGUUCUUCAUUCAUCAGUCAUAUCCAAGGAGUAUAACACCACCCAGGAUCCCUUCUACUUCAUCCUCACGGGCAUCCCUGGAUUUGAGGCCUUCCACAUCUGGAUCUCUAUUCCAUUUGGCUGUUUCUACACAAUUUCCAUCAUGGGCAACACCACCAUCCUUGCUGUCAUCCACAAAGAGCCAUCCCUCCACCAGUCCAUGUACCUGUUUCUCUCCAUGCUGGCCCUGACUGACCUUGGUCUCACCCUCACCACCCUGCCCACAGUCAUGCAGCUCCUCUGGUUCAAUAUUCACAAGAUCAGCUUUGAAGCCUGUUUUGCCCAGUUCUUUUUCCUCCAUGGGUUCUCAUUCAUGGAAUCCUCUGUCCUGCUGGCUAUGUCCUUUGACCGCUAUGUGGCCAUCUGUCGCCCCCUCCAUUAUGCCUCCAUCCUCACCAAUGAAGUCAUUGGCAGAAUUGGGUUAGCCAUCCUUUGCCGCUGUGUUCUGGCCGUUCUUCCUUCCCUUUUCCUACUCAAGCGCCUGCCCUUCUGCCACUCCCACCUCCUCUCUCACUCCUACUGCCUCCACCAGGAUAUGAUUCACCUGGUCUGUGCUGACAUCCGGAUCAAUAGCUGGUAUGGAUUUGCUCUGGUAUUGCUUAUUAUUGUGAUGGACCCGUUGCUCAUUGUGUUAUCUUAUGCAAUGAUUCUAAGAAGUGUCCUGGGUGUUGCCUCUACGGUUGAGAGACUCCGUGCCCUUAAUAACUGUCUGUCCCACAUUCUGGCUGUUUUGGUUCUUUAUGUCCCCAUGAUCGGGGUCUCUAUGACUCACCGCUUUGCUCAACAUAUCUCUCCACUGGUUCACGUUAUCAUGGCCAAUAUCUACCUGCUGGCACCUCCUGUGAUGAACCCUAUAAUUUAUAGUGUAAAGACUAAGCAGAUUCGCCAAGGAAUCUUUUACCUCCUUUUCCAGAGGAAAUUCCACUAA